GGAUAAAACAAAACAACGUUCUCCAUCACCUUCAUGAGAAUAGAUUGAUGUUUACACGAGUGGUAGGAGUGCGGCAGCCAAUCAGUGGCCUGGAUUUCUCCCCGCAUUUCUUUCUGGGAGGCGAACAGCAGACAGGCAUUUGAGAUUCUAUAUAGCGGGAGAAUAUAGUGUUGGCAACGUUCUUUCAACCUCCAACAUUCCUCGACGUGCAGUUAUGAUUUUGUGGAAUUGACAACAAAGAACAGUGGAUUGGAGAAGGAUUGAGAUAUCAGCACAAAGAAACUAAGAGAGUCACCUAGUCCAAGCAGUGUAGAGGGGGAGAUCACCUACUGCAGCGCCAUGGCUGACCCAAAGCUGGCUGACCCAAAGCUGGCUGACCCAAAGCUGGCUGAACUAAGAGACAGCAUGGCAGAUUUUACAGUUCAGACGGCCAAGCACUCCAACCCUCCAAUCUCCUCCACUCCCCUGCGUCCACCCAGCGAACAGCAGUCCAAGGACCGGGCCUCCAAAAGGCUUUCCUCCGAGUCCAACGGGACCAGCGAGGGUGGGGCAGGGUCGCGGACGCCCGUGGAGAUAACCGCACUGGAGGAGUCAUUCCGGCGCUUCGCCAUCCACGGCGACACGCGUGCCACAGGAAAGGACAUGCAUGGCAAGAACUGGUCCAAGCUGUGCAAGGACUGCGGCAUCAUCGACGGAAAAACUGUCACCCUCACGGACGUGGAUAUCGUCUUCACUAAAGUCAAGAAGAAAUCCUGUCGCACCAUCACGUUUGACGAGUUCAAGGCAGCGGUGGGAGAGCUGGCCAGCAAGAGAUUCAAGGAGAAAACGGGAGAGGAGGCGGAGGGGGAGGUCUUCAGGAUGAUUGAGGGGAAGAAACCGGUCAUUAAAGGAGUCACAAGAGCGGUGGCUUCUCCGACCGUGUCUCGUCUGACGGACACGACCAAGUUCACUGGGUCACACAAGGAGCGUUUUGACGAGAGUGGCCGUGGGAAGGGGAAGGCAGGUCGCGUGGACAUGGUGGACACAUCGGGGUACGUCGCAGGAUACAAACACCUCGGGUCGUACGAGAAGAAAGUCACCAAGCCCACCGGGCCCCCUGGAGCUGGGCCCCCCUGGAGCUGGGCCCCCUAGAGCCGGGCCCCCCUGGAGCCAAACCAGUGUGAGGAAAGUAGAAAGAAAGAAACAAACAGAAACAUAAGACCAACUACUAGGAUAAUAAUUUUAUAAAGAAAGAACUCCAUGAAAGCACAACAAAAAGAUAGGAUUUCAUAUUUUCUCACCCAUCUUGUUUUCUUUUUGCGAGUGGGAUGUUUUGAGUUCCUCUCUUUUUUGUUAUGUGUGAGAACUGGAAAACUGUUUACAUCAAUUUUUACAGCUGGUACAUUCCUAACAGAUAGCAAGUUACUGCCAAAUGUUAAAAUGAGCCCACCAACCAACAAGGGAAACCAACUGUUUUGCUCUGUAUAUUUUGAAACCUCUUUAUUAUGAUAGGGCCUUCACAUAUGUAUUAUAAGCACUAUGAAUAACACCAUGCCAAGAAAAACAAAUAACAGGGAAGAAAGGGUUCGCCAAAUUAUUUAACAAGAUUGCACUUUGCUUUAGAUAGGCCAUAGCUUCUUUUCCCAUUUUUAGUUGAAGAAAUACAUCCUUAAUUUCAUACUUUUUAGUUAAUUGAAUGUUUAUUGGCAUAAACUGGUGAAGUAGAUAUACUGGUAGGUUGUUAUAUUGAUCAAACCAUCUUCAAUAUCAACGUUCUGUCUUUCCGCUGGUCAAUGAAGUCUGCUGUAUGAGUCUUCAUCUACUGACUGUCUGUCCUCCUUUAUACUUCAUCAUAGUUUACACAUAUUGACGACUACAUAGUUUGCCUUCAAUUGUUCUUAAAAUAACUAAACCUUCAACAGGAUAUGUAGAAGUUCUGUGUCUUCCUGUCUUUAGCUACGUAUAUCAUAUGAAUGAUGACAUUUUAUUUUUGUUCAUUCUACUGUCAGAUAUGAAGUUUGUUAUCUAUGAGUCUUAACUUCCCUUUCUUGUGAAUCUUGCUUUUAGAAACGUUCUGUGAAGUUAUAUCGGUACUGUACCUUAUGUAUUUACAACACAAGGAGAAGAACAAUGCUAGAAUGAUUUGAUAUCCUAAGGACACGUCUUGUGUGGUUCAUUCUGAAACCCUCAUCAAUUAUUUACACCCAACAUAUUAAAUAAGAUAAUAGGUAAAUGACCCUGAAAUGAUUAUCUGUAAUCAUUCAUCUAAAUCACACCCCGGUUUGAUAACGCUCCAUAGUUUGUUCACACUAUGUGGGCUGUAUUAGCUGGAGCUCUGAAACUAAGAGGUGAGCUGGGUUGUUCAGGUUUGUAUUUUUCAAUAUUUAACUGAUAUGAUAUUGCCAUCAGAUUUCUAUAGUUGUAAUAUAUUGGUGGUAAGAGUGUGUAUAUUUCUAAACAUGUGGCCGCAUGGCUUCAUUUAAGACACUGACUGCGUUUCUGUUUUUCUUGUCUUGCUGUAUCUUAUGCAUGAAGUAAUGGAAUGCUACUACUUUACCAUUAACAAUAGGAAACAGACAACAUAUUUCAGAUGUCUCAUUUUAACUGCUGUGUUAGUGACUCAGUUAUAGUGACUUGCUCUGCUGCUACGUUCUGUCAGAGUAGUCAGACCAAUGGAAUUAAAACUAAAACAACUUCACUUUGACAAGAGGACCAAGUUGUGGUUAAAUUGUGAGUGUACAGAGACCAUAGAGAUCCUGUAAAUUACUAUGUAUAGACUAAGAAUAUCAAAGGGGACGUUUGUGGCCAAGGAGUUGGCUGACAUUAUCAGGUAAUAUUAUCAUUGACCGUAGAAAAAUCUAUAGCUUGGUGGAACCAGCCUGAUCGCUGCUUUCACUAUGAAAUAGAAUGAUGAACCAGCCUGAUCGCUGCGUUCACUAUGAAAUAGAACCAUGAAAUAGAAUGAUGAACCAGCCUGUUCGCUGCGUUCACUAUGAAAUAGAACCAUGAAAUAGAAUGAUGAACCAGCCUGAUCACUACGUUCACUAUGAAAUAGAACCAUGAAAUAGAAUGAUGAACCAGCCUGAUCGCUGCUUUCACUAUGAAAUAGAACCAUGAAAUAGAAUGAUGAACCAGCCUGUUCGCUGCGUUCACUAUGAAAUAGAACCAUGAAAUAGAAUGAUGAACCAGCCUGAUCACUACGUUCACUAUGAAAUAGAAUGAUGAACCAGCCUGAUCACUACGUUCACUAUGAAAUAGAACCAUGAAAUAGAAUGAUGAACCAGCCUGAUCGCUGCGUUCACUAUGAAAUAGAACCAUGAAAUAGAAUGAUGAACCAGCCUGAUCACUACGUUCACUAUGAAAUAGAAUGAUGAACCAGCCUGAUCACUACGUUCACUAUGAAAUAGAACCAUGAAAUAGAAUGAUGAACCAGCCUGAUCACUACGUUCACUAUGAAAUAGAAUGAUGAACCAGCCUGAUCACUACGUUCACUAUGAAAUAGAACCAUGAAAUAGAAUGAUGAACCAGCCUGAUCGCUGCGUUCACUAUGAAAUAGAACCAUGAAAUAGAAUGAUGAACCAGCCUGAUCACUACGUUCACUAUGAAAUAGAAUGAUGAACCAGCCUGAUCACUACGUUCACUAUGAAAUAGAAUGAUGAACCAGCCUGAUCACUACGUUCACUAUGAAAUAGAACCAUGAAAUAGAAUGAUGAACCAGCCUGAUCGCUGCGUUCACUAUGAAAUAGAACCAUGAAAUAGAAUGAUGAACCAGCCUGAUCACUACGUUCACUAUGAAAUAGAAUGAUGAGCUAGCGAUCAGACUGGUUCCACCAGGCUACAAAAUCAAAUGCCAGCAAAAGGCAUUGUGUCAAAUGGAUGCAUAUCAAACUAGAAGGUUUUCCAUUCUAAAUGAAAAAGACGACUGCCAUAGAUACUACAGUUAGGUACAUAUGACUAGUGACUUCAUCAGUAUUGUUUGUGACCCUUGAACUCUUGUCUUUGAAGAAGUUUUAGAGAAACUAUUUUAGUUGAAACACUGUUAUCCUGACACUUUCUACGGCACACUUUCAACGGAAUACAAAAGGCAGGGUAAUAUAGUACUGUAAUAUUUGAUGGGCAUACUGUAUGAGGAGAAGGGGAUGAACAAAGAAGUAGACUUUUGUAGGACAUGUAUUUUUCCAGCAUAAUGACAUACUGUUGCUUUCAUACUGGCCACCCUACCUUAGCCUCUGCUGACCAAUAAGACUCAUGCAUUGAUUGAGAUCAACACCUGUUAACUUGUGGAAUCGUAGUCGCUUUAGUGCGAUUUGUCUUGUGUUCUUAAUGCCAAAUACUGUGCACCUUUUCAUGUGGAGAAGCAAUACUGUUUUAUUUUUUCAAAAAAAUAACUUGUUCAUGUACUAUUAUUGUGACCUGGUGCAUGCUUUGUGUUUUGGUUAUUGUUCUCGAGACCUGUGUGUUCAUGAUUUGUAGCAUUGUUGAAAAUAAAAACUCCCCAUCCUGAAGAAUCA